GCAGCGGGCGGUGGCUGCCAAUGCGCAUGCGCUGGGUUGGGCGCGCUAUACGGUUUGCUAAUGGCUGAUAGAGCAGACGCAAGUAGGCCGCAGUGGGAUCGCUAAGCAGGUUUUAGAGUGACCAUGAAGCGCCGCCGUGCAUCUACUGAGAAAAGGGGAGAGACCCCCGAUGGGGGAACGGCAAAAAGACCCACCAAGGCACGCAACCAGCAAGGACCUGCCAGCCGAACCAAGGGAACGGGGGGCAAAGGAAAUAAACGCGAUCAGAAAAGAAAGCAUGUCACUCAGGCAGUCAGAAGGAAAGAUGAGGAACAUGAUGAUUCUUCCUCCGCAGAAGUCAGAGGUCAUUCAAAAAAGGUGAAGCUAUCCAGUGCUACACUAGGAUCGUGGCAACCGCUCUCGGAUAGCAGCAGGAAGUUUCUGGAAAGUGUAAUGGACUCAGAAAUACUAUCUAUUUUGUGCCAACAAAGUAGGGGAAAAGAAGAUGUUCAGAAACACCUCAAUUUGCUGAAAGAAAGGGUGCUGAGAGUCUUCAAGACCUUAAAGGUACCCACAGGGAAGCAGAGCAACCUGAAAAAUGUCCUGAGCUUUCAAGUGGAACAGGAACAAAUGCUUGAGAAGAAUGAAACAGCUUUGGUACAAUUGCAGGAAGAAAUAAAUGAAGCUGAGAAAUCAGCAGAACACACAGAAGAAACUAUGCUGAGUCUGCAGCACGACAUCCAGGUGCUCAAAAGCCAGUUAGAGGAAGAAGAAAAAAAGGCCAGGAAGCUGUUCUGGGACAGUGAAACUAAAGAACUCCACCUUCCAGAACUCCCCAAAUGCAGUUUACAGGCACCCACAUUGCAGGAAGAAAUUUUGAUGGUAAAAAAUCAGAAGGGUCUUUUAGAGGAUAUGAACACUAUUCAGCAGUCAGCUGAUAUGAGGAAUAUGUUGACCUUCAUUGAAAAGAUCUAUGAGAAGGUGGAUGUUGUUUGAGAAACAAGUCUUCUCUGAAACAAGAGUUAUGCCAGUGUGCUCUGUGUUACAGUGGGAUGCUGGUCUUGGAAAUGGCACUCGGUUCUUAAUAGCUUCACUGUUGUGCUGCUGAAUGUAAUACAAGCUGUAAAUUUGUAUCUGCAUUUUAUUUUCUUGGACCAAUUAUUACUUCUUAUAAUGCUGAAGUCUAUUGUCUUAGGAGAAGGAAGGGAAUAAGUUGUGUAUCCAUAGGUAAUUUUAUACAAUAAAGUAAUGUGUUGUAUUUGGACAUUUUGUAUUUUAUCUGUAAAUUGUUGAAAUCAGUACAUCUCAAACUAACACUUGUUUUGGGAUUAAGUCCUCUUUAAACCUGAAAUGCAGUACAAAUAUGUUUAUCUCAUACUCAGUUGCAAGUCUCCUUAUCAACUUUUUAUUUAAAAGUGACCUAAUGAAGCCUCCAUGGCAGGAGAUAAAAAUUCCUGUUGAUCUGGUAGAAACUGUUCAUUUCUGUUUAUGUUUUAGAAGCAGCAAACAUGAAAAAUACACUUGUAUGUUGUUUAUGCUCAUGAUUGGAGAAAGCAGGUAAGAAAACAAUGGAGCAAGUUUCCAAAUUG